AAAGUUUAAAUUAUUUGGUUGCCAUAUAAAUUUAAGCAAUUGAACCUUCCAUAUAUAAUUGCAAAUUUAGAGAACGAAAUUCAGAAUCACCUGUAAUUGCAUAUACAUACAGCCAUUAUGCAUCAGCUCCAUAGCAAGGAUGUUGAUAGGAGAUUGAGGAAAGAUAUCAGAAGACAUGAAGACAAUUUAAAAUUUUUGAAGUCGGAGGUUGACCGUUUGGAUGAGUCGGUUCUUGAUUUGCAAGUGAUUCUUGGGAAGUAUCAUUCCACAAACGCGCCAGAAACAAUUGAAAAUGGUGUCUUUCACUCUGAGGAGGAAACAGUAAAUGAGAUAUUGAAGCAGGACACAACAGCAGCUUCCAUUUUCUACCAACUGAAAACUCAUGCAGUUCAGCUGUCACUUUUGCCAUGGACCAAGGAUGUGAUAGGUGUUGUGGCGACUCUUGCCAGAGUUGACAACGAUAACCUAAACUUGCUUCUCUCAGAGUACUUGGGACUGGAGACUAUGGUAGCACUAGUCUGCAGGAAAUCACAAGGUGUCAAGGAUUUAGAGAUAUAUGAUGGAGAAGGCAAAAUAAACAGCAAUACUGGUCUUCAUGGCCUAGGAUGUUCUAUGGGGAAGGAAAUCGAUGGCCGAUUUAUUGUUAUUUGCCUUGAAGAUCUGAGGCCGUAUGCUGGUGAUUUUAUUGCUGAUGAUCCACAAAAGAAGCUUGAUAUUUCAACGCCAAAGUUAUCAAAUGGCAUGUGCCCUGCUGGUUUCCUUGAUUUUGCAGUUAACAUGAUCAAUUUAGAUAGAGAGAAUUUGUUUGGUGUCACUGCCAAUGGACAUGGUCUUAGAGAGACAUUAUUCUAUUCCAUAUUUUCUCGCUUGCAAGUAUACAGUACCAGAACUGAAAUGCUCCAUGCUCUCCCAUGUAUAACUCAUGGAGCAUUGUCCUUAGAUGGUGGAAUUAUCAAGAAAAACGGCGCAUUCUCUCUUGGAAAUAGGAAAGAUGUACAGGUGAAAUUCCCUGUAAUUUCCGUAUCUAAUUUACCUGAAAGCUAUACUGAAAUUGAAGACAGGAUCAGGAUGCUGAAAUGGGAACAGCAUAACAUUGUUGAGGACAUGCAAAGGGAAGCGUUGGCGUUGGACAAAUUAAAAGCUGAUUCCAUGGGGCAGUAUUAGGAAACAGAUUAAUUUUGGUGCACAACUCUUCAUUUUUUUUUUGGAUUACAGAAUAGUUUUGUGGUCAUAUUUUUUUGCUACAGGAUAGUUUUACGGUCAUAAUUUUAGCUACAGGAUAGUUUUGUGGUCAUAUUUUUAGCUUUGUAAAUCAAAAUAGUAUUUUCUGAAGGUACUAUUGAAAGUUGUACAAAAGUUUAUCUUCCAACCCGAAUGCAGGGUAAAGGCUUUUUCUUC